CUUUUUCUGGCUGCAAGAGGCCUCUCCUCUCCUCUCCUGAAUCUUGACCGUAUCUUCUCUGGUGUUCACAGUCUUAACACUGUCCGGAACACCUGUCUGCUGGAUUAUCGACAUAAUACCAAUUAGCUUCUGUGGUGAAUUCUGAGGAAAAGAGGCAGACCAGGAAACCAUGGAGAACAAUCUCGGGCGGGCGAGGACGAGGUCUGCUGCAGCAGAAACCGAGCCUCCAAUCUCCCCUACUAGUGCCACCCGAGACCGAGCGACGUCGUUUUCGAGAAGGGAAACACAGACACAAGACGGCCUGGGCAUCCGCCGGCGGAGCUCAGCCGCCUCGAGAGUAUCCAAACUGUCCGGUCCCUCCAUUGGCGAAAGGUCGCAGGGGAACUUUACGCUGGCUGGCCCAACGGAAACUCCCCAAUUGCGUGCUGCCCAGGAACCCUUUGUGCACCCUGGUUACGCUGAUCUGAACCCAUCCUAUGAGCAAGCCGCCAACUCCAAGCCGGUCUGGAGUUUGGCCAAACCGCUGCCGCGUGUGGUGCGGUCGGGGAUGGUGCCAACAAAGGAUGAGUUGCGAGACACUCUGCAAAAUGCUGAGCGGCCAGCCCAGAACUCGCAGGAGCUUGGGUUAGACAUUGACCCCAAUGACCUCGAACAGGGACAGAUUGACCCAUCUGCCGAUCCGCGGAAGAUGGCGGCGCAGGUCGAGGAUGCCCGGUUGCAGCGGGAGGCCAAUUUCAUGAACAAAGUCUUGAACGGCAGUGACGGCACCUCCGCACGGCCACCGUCCGGCCUGUCGCGCAUGUCAUCGGUCCGCCGACGACGCUCCUCGGUUGGGGGCGUGCCUCCAGAUCAGGUAAUUCCGGAAGAUGAGGAGCAGGAAUCCCCAACGGACAGCGAGCCCAAGAUUCCGCAGCAUCCGAGUGAUGAGCCGCUGCAGACAGUACCCGAAGAGCCCGAAGAUCACGACGAAAAGUUUGCAUUCCCAAUCCUUGACGACACGCAUCCGGAUGACUUGCACCCAUUAGUCCAAGAUUUGGUCGAAGAUGAAGUUCACAAUAACCAUACAACAUGGUCAGUCAUCCGCACACACCACCGCGAAGCCCUGGCAGAGGCCCUGGCAGUAUACAUCCAACUCACUAUCGCCUUCUGCGCCGACCUAGGCGUCACCAUCGCCAACAACGGCAACCCCAACACUACACAAUGGGCCUGGGGCUUCGCAACCAUGAUAGGAAUCUAUAUCUCGGGAGGCGUCUCGGGUGCACACCUCAAUCCCGCGAUCACCGCAUUGCUCUGGUUCUACCGUGGCUUCCCGAAACGCAAGAUGCCAGAGUAUUUCACAGCUCAGUUCCUAGGCGCCUUCUGCGCAGCUUUUACAGCCUACGGCCUCUACUACCAAUCCAUCCACCAAUACCGCAUCACAAACCUCGACAACACGGCAAUUAUCAACAGCUUCGUAUCAAGCCAGCGCGAAGCCUGGAUCGACUCCUGCUCAGCCUUUUUCACUGAGUUUCUCGGAACAGCCUUCCUAGCAGCUGCCAUUCUAGCUUUAGGUGAUGACCAGAACGCGCCUCCAGGCGCAGGCAUGAACUCCCUCAUCAUCGGGCUAGUCAUCACAUGUCUCUGCUUCGCAUUCAGCUAUCCAACCGGCGCAGCGCUAAACCCGUCGCGAGACUUCGGUCCGCGUCUUGCAUUGCUCGCGCUGGGGUACAGUGGUGAUUUGUUUCGCAAUCCGUACUGGUUUUAUGGGCCGUGGGCGGGUGCUAUGAGUGGUGCUUUUGCCGGGGGGUUCUUGUAUGAUUUCUUCAUCUUUGAGGGUGGGGAGUCGCCGGUUAAUUAUCCGUUGGAGAGGACGCAGAGGGCGAUGAGGAAGAGUCGAAUGAAGUGGGAGAGACGGCUUCGUUUGACGAAGCAGGUGUAGUGGUAGCCACGGUAUUUGCCAAUGUUGUAGAUAAGUCUGCGUAUGUAUAUAUUAGUGUAGGUGUAUCUUCUAGUGAGUAUGGAUUUGAUAAAAUAACCCAUAUACUGCCUUAAGAAUAUUCGGUCUAAUGACAGUCUAACAAUAUACAAAGAGCCCUCAAACUAUACUAUAAAUAUAUACCCAUCACCUCUCCUCCCCCGGAACAGUUCUGUACUCCCCCGUCUCACCCCCCGAUGAUAAUGCAGAUGUAGAAACCUCCUCUUCAACCGGCCGACUCUCAUGAUUCACAACUAAGAAGGAUAAGAAAACAAUAACAGCUCCGACCCAGUAUAGCGGACUCGCGUACUGGUUCUGUAGGAUGAUUUGGCCCACCAGCGAGAGCGGGAUCGUUAGGCUUAGGCCGACGGUUACGACGAGGGGCGUUGUGAGGAGCAUGGCAUAGGCCCAAACGAUGUCGGAGACUAGG